AUGGCGAGCGCAAACUUUUGGCUCUUCCUGACGGUGCUCGUGGGUUUGGAGCUGUGCGGCAGCGACGAACCCGAGCUUCACGCGCGGGCACCGGCGUCCACCGAGGUGCCCGGCGUGCCCGUGCUGCCCUCGUCCUCGUCGCCGUCCUCCUCCUCGGUGUCCCUGCUGUCGGUGAUGCACGACGAGGAGGAGGACGAGGAGGAGGAGGAGGAGGAGGAGGUGAUGGACGAGGAUGACGAGCGGGACGAGCACGCGGAGCACACCGGCAAGAGCGCGCGCCAGUGCUCGGCGUGCGCGUGGCGCGAGCAGAGUCGCGCGCUGCGCCUCGAGACCAUCAAGUCGCAGAUCCUGAGCAAGCUGCGCCUGAAGCACGCGCCCAACAUCAGCCGCGCGGUGGCCGAGCAGCUGCUGCCGCGCGCGCCCCCCCUGCAGCGCCUCAUCGACCAGCACGACUUCCAGCGGGACGGAGCCGGCGGUGUGGGGGGGCUGGCCGGCGACCUGGACCUGUUCACCUCCGAGCAGGACGAGUACCACGCCACCACGGAGUCCGUCAUCGCCAUGGCAUCCGAGCCCGAGCCCAUCGUGCAGGUGGACGGGAAGCCCAGCUGCUGUUUCUUCAAGUUCAGCUCCAAGCUGAUGUUCACCAAAGUGCUGAAGGCGCAGCUGUGGGUGUACCUGCGCCCCCUGCAGCCCACCUCCACCGUCUACCUGCAGAUCCUGCGCCUCAAACCCGUGAGCGAGACGGGCAGCCGGCACAUCCGCAUCCGCUCGCUGAAGAUCGAGCUCAACUCGCGCUCGGGCUACUGGCAGAGCAUCGACUUCAAACACGUCCUGCAGAACUGGUUCAAGCAGCCGCACACCAACUGGGGCAUCGACAUCAACGCCUUCGACGAGAGCGGCAACGACCUGGCCGUGACCUCGCUGAGGCCGGGCGAGGAGGGGCUGCAGCCGUUCCUGGAGGUGAAGGUUCUGGAGACCACCAAGCGCACGCGCCGCAACCUGGGCCUGGACUGCGACGAGCACUCCACCGAGUCCCGCUGCUGCCGCUACCCGCUCACCGUGGACUUCGAGGCCUUCGGCUGGGACUGGAUCAUCGCGCCCAAGCGCUACAAGGCCAACUACUGCUCGGGCCAGUGCGAGUACAUGUUCAUGCAGAAGUACCCGCACACGCACCUGGUGCAGCACGCCAACCCCCGGGGCUCGGCCGGCCCGUGCUGCACGCCCACCAAGAUGUCGCCCAUCAACAUGCUCUACUUCAACGACAAGCAGCAGAUCAUCCACGGGAAGAUCCCCGGCAUGGUGGUCGACCGCUGCGGCUGCUCUUAA